AAUAAAGUGGAAAAAUUUUAUCUUUUUAAAAAAUAAUGAUUAUUUUAGGCCCCUGUCUAUUACUGGAAGAGCCCUACUGGAAGCAGUACAACGUACAUUCAUCAACUAACAUUAAGUGUGAUUCUGUCCGUUCAUUUUGUUAUCAAUCAUUGGAAAGGUAGGAUCAAGAAUACAUCAUGAAUGAAACCGAAUCUAAUGUGUACGACCUGAUAUAUCCCAGCCCUAUCACCCUGAAAGAAAUCUCAUCGAUCGUAGUUGCUGUGGACUUAUGGCGUAAAGAAAUCUGCUCACAUAUAGCAAGUGAGAGUUUAUCAAGAUUAAACUUAGAUUUUAAAGAAGGCGGCGUUCGAUUGAAAAACGUGAUUCCUAACUUGCCAUCUGCACUUUACGAUUUGCUGGAGGAUUACGUUACCAUAUUCGGAAAUUCAAUAUGGACAUGGCUGAAUUAUCAUUGGAGGGUUGUAUUCGCUCGCUGUGAUCAGGGUUAUUAGAUGAUUUUGAGCCGUUUCCAUGAUUUUUCAUGGGACUGGGCUGGCACCGUUCAUUAUGGGCGCACAGCCAAGCGUACGAUGUUGUGUGAUCAACUCACUGAUGAUGAGAAAUUCAAGAUCGCUUGUUUGUACUGCUUUGAAGAUGAUAUUAAACGGAUUUGGCCAUCUGUCAGCGCUAAGUUCGAUUCGCAUCCUGUUAAUUUUAAUCGCUAUCCAGAACUGUUCUACUGGAUUUGUUUUCUUAGAAAUGAACUAGACAAGGUACCCAAUCCACGUAAUGUAUCUAUGGACGAGGCGAUGCUUUAUAAAUGCACUUCGAAAUCGAUUAAUCUUCCAUUCGUGAAGUAUUUUUGGGAUCGUAUACCCUCUGAUAAACGGCUACAAAUAGUUAUAGAAAUGUUUAGGGAGUGGAAUUUAUUAUUUUGUAGAUUUAUAUUACAAAAAUUAAACAAACACCAACUUGAGAUGUUUAUGACCGCAAAAGGUGAUGUUUUGGUAGGGUUGGUGUUGGAGGCUGGAUCCGUUUCACAUCUAGAUAUUGCUUUCCGAACUUGGAUGUAUUUCUACGUUCGAAAUCAAAUCAGUAGUAGUCUUUUCAUUACUUUUGUCGAACGAUCAUUUCAGUUUGAGGCUGACGUCGGCAUCGAAUUCUACGCUGUUGGUGUAGGGAAUUUAUUCUGCAAGAUAUGGGAAAGUGCUCCGCAGCAUUGGAAACGAUUGGCGGUGGAACAUGUUGUAUCGAACAAUCCGUCAUAUAAUAACAGUUGGGUUUGCUCUAGGGGGCGUAAGCCAAUGAAAGUUCUUAUCACUCUAUUACAGGAUGCCAAUGUUGAAGAGAGAAACGUACUUUGCGUGAAAAUUGGCGUAAUUGGGUCAGUAUGUGUGGCGCAGAUAACAGUGAUUUGCUGGUAGUGAUGAAAUUGUGCUUACAAACAGAUACAGAAGACGAAAUUGCGCUAUUUAACAGAAACACGAUUGCGAGGUAUGAAAACAUCGCUGAGUACUGCGCACCGUUACUUGCACAAGCCUCCUUUAAAGAAUUGAAUGACUUUUUGUCUGUUUGCUGCCCGGAUCUUGAAAAAAGAAACGAGUUUAAACAACGAUUAUUGAGGUCAAAUUAUGUCGGCGAAAAUUCUAUACUGACAUCGAACGUAAUCGGAAAAAAUAAAUUGUUGAAUGAGUUCAUCAACGAUGCUUUUCAAGAUUCUGCUGAUCUCGGCGUUGAAUUUAGAAACCAAUUCGCAUCAUCGCCUGUUACUCAAAACUGUUUAUUCAAACGUAUUCCCUUGGCGUUGGAGGAUUUAGAUCCACUGAUGGAAUUUGUCGACAGUUUUUUUUCAGAUGAACAAAUAGUAGUGCCUUUGAAAAAACGCUUAUUUUUUGAACGUUUCAAAGAACACCGCCUGAUUAAUGGUGAUUUUUUUCACACAGAUAGUGACGAUGUAAUUCGAAGAUUUGUUAUUUGGUUGUUGGGUAGCGAAGACGAAGUUGCCAAAUUCAAGCAAUCGAUAUCAGUUGAGGAUAUUUUUCGCAAUAUGGUGCCACAGGUGCCAGCACAGCUGAGAUUUCCAAGUGGAGAAGUUGAUAAUGACGAUUACAAACCUGAAUUUCCUGAGAAGGUGGAUAAUUUUUUAAUGUGGUAUUUUAACAAAGACGAAGAAGAAAUUGACAAGUUUAUAAAGCUAUUUUCUGAUGAAAUGGCGGCGUUCGCUCCUAGAAAACGUAUGAAAAUGGGGCAAGCGUGGUCUAAUAAUUCUUCAAAUCAGGAUUCUUGCUUUUUUAGCUCGUUCAAUAAUUAAUAGCUAGCGUAUCCUUUACCGGUUUUGUGCCUUAUUCUUACUACACUGGUGAUAUUAUUGUGAAUUGUAGCUAGAUAUGGAUUAUAAUACUCGUAAUUAAUAUCUGUAAUGUUUUUUUUUUUUCAAAAUUCUCAGGAAUUAGUUUAGGAAAUUUGUGCUUUUUUUGUCAAAGCGUUCUAAAAUUACUGGUUUUUGGCAUGCUUUAAAAAGGCUGUUUUUGUUUUUUUUUGUUUUGAAGUUUGUCAAACACCUUGAUUUUCUACUUAGAUAUAUGUAUUUAUAUUGCGGAAAUCGCACAAUUUGUCGUUCAUUUAUUUUUAGUUUCACCUUAUUUACGUUCCUUCUUUGUGUUCAAUCGUGUAAUACAUUCAUCUUUAUAUUUUUAAAUUAUAUCACUUUAAUUUAAAUACAUUUUUCUAUUGUGCAAUCCU